UGUUGGUCGUCUGACCUAUCAUAUGACCAGCUGUCGUUUGUGACACUCAGCUGGAGUAUGUGUUGAUCAUAAUUUUGUUGGAAGACUGUUUACGUUCGUUCGACAAGAUGCAGAACGUCAUAAACUCAGUGAAAGGCACGGCGCUCGGCGUGGCGGAGUUUCUCACCCCGGUUCUCAAGGAAUCGAAAUUCAAAGAAACAGGAGUAAUUACACCAGAAGAGUUUGUGGCUGCUGGUGAUCACUUGGUUCACCACUGCCCCACGUGGAAAUGGGCAUCUGGUGAAGAGGCCAAGGUGAAGCCAUAUUUGCCGCAGGAUAAACAGUUUCUCCUAACACGCAAUGUUCCCUGUUACAAGCGCUGUAAACAGAUGGAGUAUUCAGAUGAGCUGGAAGCCAUCAUAGAAGAGGAUGAUGGAGAUGGGGGCUGGGUGGACACUUACCACAACUCAGGUGUGUUAGGAGUUACAGAUGCUGUGCGAGAAAUCUCAUUGGAUAAUAAGGACAACAUGAAUAUGAAUGCCAGUCCUGCAGUAUGUGGCAAUGGGGACGAUGACGAUGAUGAUGACGAAGACGGAGAAGCAGCAGAUAUGGAAGAAUACGAGGAAAGUGGCCUAUUGGAAACAGAUGAGGCAACCUUGGACACCAGUAAAAUGAUAGAAGCUAAAGCCAAAGCCGAGCCCGGGAGUGAAGAUGCCAUUCUUCAGACAAGAACAUAUGACCUGUACAUUACAUAUGAUAAAUACUACCAGACCCCUCGACUCUGGCUGUUUGGAUAUGAUGAGGACAGACAGUCGCUGAGUGUAGAACAGAUGUAUGAGGACAUCAGCCAGGACCAUGUGAAGAAGACAGUCACCAUUGAGAACCAUCCCCACCUUCCUCCUCCAGCCAUGUGCUCUGUCCAUCCCUGCAGACAUGCUGAGGUGAUGAAAAAGAUUAUCGAGACUGUGGCAGAGGGAGGAGGAGAGCUGGGAGUGCACAUGUAUCUUUUGAUUUUCUUGAAGUUUGUCCAAGCUGUAAUUCCCACAAUAGAAUAUGACUACACAAGGCACUUCACCAUGUAGCUUGAUCCAUACAAAUGUGCUACUGCAGAUAUCUUCAGAUGGGGGAGGAACAGGAUUUCUGCCCUCAUCUCACAGCAAUGACAACAGCAAGUUGAGAUUACAUCAGGGAAUGGGAUUCUGGAAUAUUGGUGUUACUCUGAAACACUUUGCAUAGGGAUAGGACCAUUGAGAAUGUUGGCCUGCAAUAAGGCCAUCAGAUCAUGUCUUUCCCAGUGAAACAGGCUUCAUAUGGUGACCAAUCUCACAGUCUUUUUUGGAGACUUUUUUUUGGAGAAUUUUAACAGUCUGCUGCUCCUCCCCCUUUCCACUCUCCUUUAUUUCAAACCUAAAAUAUUUUCAGAAAUACUGCAAACUUGGGUAUUGCCAAACCUUUAGCGUUUUAAUAAAAUAUAGAUGGGUUCAUUACAUAAUAACAGGCCUGUUUCUAUGGAAGUGCAAUACACUCACUUAAGAAAAAAAUAUCUCAGAAUUAGGAGAAAAUUUUCAUGGAUUUUUUUUUUUUUUUUGCGCUUUUCUGAAUUACUGGGAUAAUUAUCUCAGAAUUCUGAGACAAGUUUUCAUGAAAAAAAUGUGCUGUUUAAUUAAGUGAAUUAUCUCAUUGAUUUAGAACAAUAGCCUUUUCCACAUAAAAAAAAAAAAAAAAAAAAAACCUUCUCUCAAUUGAGAUAAUUAUCCCAGUAAUGCAGAAAACCCCUUUUUUUCUUUCUUGGGUGGAUGCAGUAUGCUUCUGUCUGUUCCUCACUGUUUCCAUUGCACUUAAAAAAUCUGCAGUCGUCAGUACUUGACUGCCAUGUCUUCAGUAUAAAUGGCACGGGUGGGCUGUCUGUUGUGCUUGGCUACACUAUAUUCACCCUAAAAUCAUACCAAUAGCUUCAGAUUGUCUUUGGUCAGCAAAUGCUUAUCAAAAUCUUGCUCAGCUCCAAAUAUUAAAAGAAAAAAACUGAAAUACAAAUGGAUUCCUGCUGUCAGCAUCUCCAUUGUCAGUAAUAGUCUCUGAACUACUGUAUCAAAUAGCAUCAUAAACGUCAUUAUAUUGUCAUAGUCCUUAUACCUCACUAGUUCCCAUGGCAGUGCACUUGGGUAACAUGUUCUUCUUUUUUUCUCGGGCUUUUGCAACCUUCUGCUUUCUGUCCCUUGCUGCUGGCUCGUGUGGAAACCCUUGAAAUGGCCAAGAAGUUUCUUUUCAGCAGCUCUGCUUUCUCAGUCUUGUCUCUUUGGAGGUGUGUUUCAGAUUGUAUCAUAAUCGUUAUGCAUAAGGACCCCUCUCUGAAAGUUGCCUGAAAUCACAGUUGUGCAACAUUUUCACAACAUGAAUGGAGCAUCCUUUUACUCUAAAGCCACUUAACGCCGUUCCAUACAUCUUUCGAAAAAAGUCUUGAUGUUUUGGUUGUUUACAAGAUUGUGGAUAAUGAAUAGUUAACUAUAUUUGGAUAAUUAUAGCAGCAUGUUGCUGAGAGUACUUAACAUACAUCUAAUAAAGUACCUGAUUCAAUAACUCUAUUUUUCUGCUGCUUGCUGAUCUGUUUCCUGAUGUAAGUGUUCAGCUGUAACACCCGGCAUUUAAACUAAUGUACAGUUAUCAAUAAAGAUGUUGCAAAUAUUGCAAA